AUGGACAAGAUAUUUGGAGCUCUCUCAUCCUCAUCAACCGCGUCCACUUCAUUACCUCCGACUCCGAGCUCACUCAUGUAUCUAUCGGACGACGAGGUCUCUAACAGAAACGAACACAGCAGAGAGAAGAAGGGUUGGGGACCAAGCCCUUCUCAAUUUGACUGGAGGCGCAGAAGACUCCCGGACGAUUCGAGCGACGAUGAAGACGAAGCACCAUCGUCUAGUGUAUCGCGUAAGCUUAAGCUUAAAGAUUUGCGUAAGCUUAAGCUUAAAUAUUUGCGUAAGCUUAAAGAUUUCAUCCGCGAGAAUUGUCUGGAGAUCAAAACCUCAAUCGGGAUGGACUAUACUGUCGAUAUAGUGGAAGAGGAAGAUGAAAACGACAUGAUAGCGUUAGGCCAACUUUACAGUUACACCGAUGAUGUGAGUGACGACGACGACGACGACUCUGAGACGGAAUCAUACGAGUGGGAGGAGGAGCUGGAACCGACACUGAAGAGGAAAGGAAACAACCUUGAUGAUGAUUCUUCUAACUUGCAUAAGCGUGUUCGGUUUAGUUAUGAUGUCAGAGACGACAAAGGUUCGGUUUAUCUAUCUGCGAUUCCAGAUUAUAUGAGGAAUCCAUCAAAAUACACAAGAUAUACAUUUGAUGAAGAAUCUAACCGGAGAGCUUACAUGGAGUUUCUCAACUUGCUAAGGUGCAAAGAUGAGGCUAUGGCUGUUGAUGAUGAGACUCUCGUUGAGUUUCCAAGAUCAGUGGCUUUUGCACCAAAGAGAAAACCAACGCCAUGA